AUGAAAUCUUUAACUUUUAUUUUUUUACUAUUUGUUAUUUUUAAAAAAAAUUUAGUUGAAAACAUUAUUCAAAAGCAAGAUGUUUACUUAGAUGAUGAAUUCAAAAGUUUUACUUAUUUUUUUGCUUCAUCCCCAUCAGCAAAUUUUUUAUCUCGCAUUGUUCAUAGCGAUAACUCAAGAUUCGCUCAAGUUAAGAACAAAGCAGAUAUACUUGGUAAAACAAUAGACAAAGUAUAUUCAAUUAAUCAAGUUUCUAGUGUUAUUAUGAAAGUGUAUAUUACUCUUUUAUUGUUAUUUCUAUUACCUUAUUUUGCAUAUAUUGGAAUAUUUGGUUAUACAAGAGAUCAAGUAACCCUAACUUUAUCAUCUAUAUUAGCAUAUUUUGCGCUUUUAAUUGUUUUUUAUUUAACUAAUGGAAUUCUAAGUAUUGGAUUUGUCUGCUCAUUACCAUUAGUAUUUGGAUUAACAAUUUUUCACCUAGCUAAAUCGGAUUGUACAACUAAAGCAUUAUAUAAAAAUGUCAGAUAUAUCUUUUGCUUUAUUCUUGCUAAGUUAAUAUAUGAUAUUGGAACAAAUUUAAGUGGAAAUGAGUCAAAUUCUUUCGAUUACGGGUUUAGUGGAUUAAUUUACAUGAAUAUAUUAAAGGGGAAUAACUAUAUUAUUUUAAAAAUAGUUCAUCUAAUGGUACUCAGUUUUAUAGCAUUAAUUAUUAUUAAAUUGUUUUCUAAACUUUUUUCUAAUAAUUCACCUCAAAGCCCUAUGUUAAUGCAAUCAGACAGAUAUAUUAUAUCAUUCUUGUGUUCGUUACCUAUUGCUACAUGCUUCACUCAAAUUUUUUAUCUAAUAUAUAAAACAUUGAAUCCCAUAGAUCCUAGUAUAUUUUUUAUGAUUCCUAGUUCUAUAAAAUUUACAUCCAUAAGCACAACUUUUUCUUUAAUUACUUGGGUGAUAGUAACAUAUGUACUUAAUGUUUUGAGAAAUCUUGUUGAAACAGAUUAUAAUCACAUUCUGAAUAAACUUCCAAGUAAUAUAAGUGAAUUUUUAUAA